AUGAAGUUCUUCUCUCUUGCUGCUCUUGUUGCCGGCGCCAGCGCUGCUGCUCUCAAUCCCCGCCAGGACAGUGGAAGCUGGAAUGACUGGGGGAAGUCUGCCGUGACCGUGACCGAGACGGCCUAUGAGACCACCACGGCUUGGGCAACCACCACUGAAUAUGACACCACCACCGCUUGGGGUACCACCACUGCUUGGGCCACCUCCACCACCACGGCGUAUGCCACCAUCACGGCCUGGGCAACUGCCUACAAGACCGAGACCGUGACCACUGCCACUCCCGUGUACAAGACCGUGACCGAGACGGACACCACCACGGCCUACGAGACUGCCACCACCACUGCUUGGGGUACCACCACCGAAUGGGCCACUACCACUGCUUAUGUCACUCCUGCUCCUGUGACAGAGUAUGUGACCGUGACCGUGACUGCCGCGGCUGCGAAAGGGACCUGGGGAGACUGGAACUAG